GUUUGUUAAUGGCGUACGUCGAAAGCAGUUUGAGCAGAUUCCUAAUCUAAACAAAAGAAAUUCCUCAACAAAAACGGAACCAUGCCCGGCACCAUACUCGAGAACUUAAGUGGUCGAAAAUUAAGUGUUUUAGUGGCUAUCUUACUGGCUAGCCAGCUAACAUGCUUCCUAGUCGGACUCAUCAGUCCCAGCCCGGCGACUUCUCAAGGCAUCCUCUCUACUGUUUGUGUGGACGAGGACCCGAGCGCCGAUAGUAUUGACCGAUGGUUCACCAGACCGUGCUCCAGAGAGGUGCAGCUAAACCAGGAAAAGGCCACGGUUGGGUUAGACGCCAAAAAUCUAGUAUUUGUGGUUCAGAUGCCUCGUCAUGACACCCAUGACUUUUCCCGCUGGCAGCAAAAUUUGGUCGGUGUUAUACAAGUCGACAUGGUAUAUCAGUCCGAUCAAAAAUUGGAUCCUAUUAUCGAGCUAACUCUAGACGCUCGAUUGGCCUAUAGCGACAAGACAUCGAAUGGAGGACGUACGCCUUGGAAAUAUUACGCCCAGUCCGAAGAAAAGCGUUACAUGGACUGUUCCUUCGAAGAUAUGACCAUAAAGGACAAAAAUGGGUACCCCUACAAUUGCAGUAUAAUACCCUUGUUUGAGCUAGGAGCUAUUUCUCAUGAUUAUUACCUGCUGAACUUGCGUUUGCCAUACAACAACACCGCGAGCAAAAACACCGGUUUGAGUAAGAUAGAUGACAUUUACGUGCACGUUAUCCAUAUGAAUGGUGGUUUUACGAAAAUCUGGGUGUCUCUGAAGACGUUUUUCUUUCCGAUCAUCAUCGCUAUUAUGGUGUGGUUUUGGAAUAGGGUUCACAUGUUGAACCGCACACCGGCACUGUUAGAAUGCAUGCUGAUGGGCUUAGGAGGUACGUUAGCUUUUCUUAAUCUUCCUGUGGAAUAUCUUACUCUCUUAUUCGACAUGCCAUACAUGCUUCUACUCAGCGAUAUCCGUCAAGGUAUUUUUUAUGCUAUGCUACUGUCGUUUUGGUUAGUUUUUGCUGGCGAGCACAUGUUGAUUCAGGAUAACGGCGAACGUAACACCCUGAAGAUGUAUUGGAAACACUUGAGUACGAUUGUGAUCGGCUGUCUGUGUUUGCUGUUUUUCGAUUUGUGCGAGCGGGGAGUGCAGUUAGUCAACCCGUUCUAUUCGAUUUGGGUGACUCCCGUCGGCACUAAUCUAGCUUUAUCCUUCAUCAUCCUCGCCGGAAUAUCGGCUAGCUUGUACUUCAUCUUCCUCUGCUACAUGAUCUGGCGCGUUUUCAAGAACAUCAGCAUCAAACGUUCUAUUUUACCGAGCAUGUCCCAAGCCCGUCGUUUGCACUACGAAGGAAUUAUCUACCGUUUCAACUUUCUGAUGCUGGUCACGGUGAUUUGCGCUGCUUUAACGGUUAUAUCUUUCAUUUUGUCGCAAGUCGCCGAAGGUCAGAACAAAUGGGACGAGAACAUGGACCUGGAGCUAACCUCGGCCUUGCAUACCGGCGUAUACGGCAUGUGGAACGUUUAUAUUUGCGCCAUGCUGAUAUUGUAUGCCCCGAGUCACAAACAGUGGCCCGCCGAUCCGAUUUGUGCGGAUGGGGAGGAGGUAGAGUUUAGCCGUUUGCCGACGGAAUCGUCGGCCAACGAGAUUUCAUCUUUGACUUCCUUCGCCACUAAAGCUAGCAUCGAAUAGGUUUUUAAAGACUGGUUGUUUUGGUUGUGACAGAGUCCUUAAGUAUUUUAAAGUAUUAUUAUUUAUUUUAUUUGAAUUUGAGGAGUACACAUUUGAACUUAUAUUUUUUUUACUGUAGUUAGGUAGCCAUGUAAUGACAAAUAUGAUUUUAUGUACGAGGAUUCAUUUUGCUGUAUGCAGGUGUAUUUAUACAGUGACAAAUACGUCUUUUUUAAAUUUUAAAAUUGGAGCCAUUGCAAAAUCGACAAAUGGUACAAUUCCAAAUCAAGUUAAUUUUUGAGUAUUCAUAACCUCUUCCGAAAUGUUCCUAUGAAAGCAAAACCACACCAGCAGUGCUCUAUCUUUUCUCUUAAUAGUAAUACACCAUUCUUUCAGCCCACAGAUAUGCGAAAUCAGCAGCACUGUUGCAUAAAUUCAUUUGAUGUACUGUCGAAUAUUUAUACUUAUAGAUCCCAUCACUAAUGAGCACACCUCAAUAUAAAUGUUUAUGCCGAUACAACGUCGAUGUGAGCAAUGAACGUGAUGAAUACGCCUCGCAUCCUGCAUUUAGCAGCAAUUUUUUUUUAAGUGGCAGUUCUAUUAUCGAUUUUACUUAAUUUGGUUUUAGAGUAGAGAUUUAUAUUUUGAACCGCCAACUGACUAUUAUCUUUUAAACUUGUACCUCCUAUUUGUGGUUAUAGGACUGUAGCAAGUCGUAACGCACGUAGCUAUGUCUGCAUUUCUCGAAUUUGCUUUUUUCCAAGAAACUAAUGACAUCUCAGUGUCAGUGUUAUUCAGUAUUAUUGUUGUGAUUAUCAUAUACUUAAUCCUAUGUAUUUAUGUAACUUUUUAUAUAGUAUAUGUACUUGUAUUUACUAAUAAACUAAUUUGUCAAUAA